UUUAUCUUAUUUAGUUAUUUAUCACAAAAGAAUUUGUCAGUGUGAAGCAUGGUUGAUUGUACGAUGUACGAUCUAACGUAGAUCUUGCUGCUCGUGGUAGAAUCGCAGAACUUAUAGAUGUAUCUAUUUAUCAAAAAUGUAAACAUUUUUAUUGUAGAAUAUAAGGUAUGAUAUUUUGCACCAGGAAAUAUUUUACUUAAGCUAUUCAUUGUUUUGCCACAUAAUACAAACAACCAAAAACACUAGGAUGUGACAACAGGAUUUAAUGGCUCUUGAUGUUGAAUCCAAUAUGAUGAAUUUGUUUGAAAAUCUAUCUUCAAAAGUCCCAUUUUGGGAUGUGAAAUUACCUGAAAGUCCAUGGGAUUUUACUGAAGAUUCUAAAGAUUUAGAUGUACUGUGUGAGUUGGUUAGGAAUCAGUACUUGAAACGUCUUCGCCAAACACUGCUUGAUAAUUUAAAAGUUAGUGAAGGAUAUCAAAAAGGUAAUCUUACCCAAGCACAACAGUAUGUUGAUAUAUGUAUGACCGAAAUGGAAAAACAGGCUUUGAGAAAAUGUAUGGUUGCCAGAUUAUAUCGUGAAGGGAUGUCUAAUAUGAUAAAUGAAGUUAAGACUUGUACAAAAAAUUCUAUGUUAUGUGUUUGGCUUAAGCAUAUUAUUGAAUCAAACAACCAAUCAUCAGUAUGUGAUAAAUAUUUUGGAUCUGAAAAUAUAACAAAAAAUUCAAUAUGUAUUACUGAAGAAAAGAAAAAAAAUUUAGCUUCAGUACAGAUUAAAAAGAUUACUGAUGCUGUCAAUAAUUUUUUUAUACAUAACAAUAAUUUAAAUCCAGUAGGUUCACUAAAAGUACUUUCUAGUUCCUAUGAUUUGCAACAAAUAAAUACCGAACCAAAGAUAGAAAAUGUAGCUUCAGUGCAGACUGCAUAUAUAACUGAUGCUGACAAUAAUUUAGUUAUAAAUAAUAAUAAUACAAAUCCUGGAUGUAUACUAAAUGUAUCUCCUAAUUCCUAUGAUGUGCAACCUAAGAUCUCUGAAUCAAAUAUCUUUGAUAAUUUAAAUUCUUUAUUAAAAUCAUCAUCUUGUUCUUCAAAUUCUUCUCCAAAUGCAUCUAUGGAAGUGAAUUACAAGUUUGAUUUUACUGAAUCUGCAAGUUUACAUAAGAAUACAGAUUCACAGAAUUGUGAAACAGAUAAGAUGUUAAGUAUAAACUCAUUGUUAAAAGAUCUUCAAGAUUCUCCAGAAUAUGAACAACAGUCUUUAAAAUUGGAGGGACGUUUAAUUACAUUAGGAUUAGCAACAGAAAAUCAUAAAUCCAUAAAGCAAUUUCCUGAAUCAACUAAACCAAAUUAUAUUAGCCCAAAUACAAUAAGACUAAAAAAAAUUAAUGAAAUACUUAAGGACAAAUUAAAAAGUGAACGAGUUGCUAAGACUUAUGAAUUACGAAAGAGUAUGAAUGAAAUGCCCCAAGAAUUACAAAUAAGACUGAACCAAAAAUUUUGUGAUUUAUUUGGAAACAACCAUUCUUAUGAAUCGGAUUCAUUGUCUGAAGAAGAAGAACGUAUUAUAGCUCAUAAAAGGAUUGUAAAAAUGGUCGUUGAAAUUAUGACACCUUAUUACAAAGCACACCGUAUCAAUAGACAUUUGUUUAAAAGUCUUGCUAAAUUGAUCUCUAAAAAUCUUAUGGAUCGAGCAUAUGAUCCAGAUGAAGAAAUAGUCGCCAAAAGAGUAAAUGAAUUUUUCACUGGAAAUAGGUGUAUUAAAACAGCUGAAGAUAUAUAUCAAUAAUCAUUUUGAUAAAUUUAUGAAUACAUAUGUAGUAGGUGUAAUAAUUAUUAUACACAUUUUCAAUGUUGUG